UUGCCUCAGUUUUACUUGCCUCAUUUUCUCAGUUAGACUGUCAAAUUUUAUACAAAUAUAACUAAAAUUUUAAAUAUAAAGACGAGCCAUGCAGUUUGGCCAAAAUCUACGCUCACGUGUCGAAGAUAAUCCCAACUUUGAAGAUGACAGUUCUAGACGUGCAUUCAUUUCGAAAGUGUGCUGCAUAUUGGCUUUUCAACUGGCGAUCACUGCGGGUAUUACGUGCAUCUUUGUCUUUGUGGAGAGUGCCAAUCUAUGGUUGCGAGAGCACAUCUGGAUUACGUUUAUUGCCAUCGGGAUAUUCAUGAUUCUUUCCAUGGUGCUGAUGUGUUACAUUCAAGUGGCGCGCAAAGUGCCCAUCAAUUACAUACUGUUGAUACUCUGCACUGUGAGCAUGUCGAUUAUGGUUAGCGCUAGCUGCCUCUGGCAUGAACCAAUGCAGAUUCUCACAGCAGUGGGCAUUACAGCUGCCGUCUGCAUAGCCCUUGCAUUGUUCGCCGCUUUUGCUCCUUGGGAUUUCACGGGUUGUGGUCCAUUUUUAUGUAUACUGAUGCUCGUCCUCGUCCUGCUGGGCAUUGUCAAUAUUUUCGUACAUUCUCGCACCUUGCUUUGGAUCAUCGUUUGUGUUGGCAUCCUCUUAUUCUCCAUGUAUCUGGUCUACGAUGUCCAGAUGAUGGUCGGCGGGCACAAGAACCAAUAUAGCGAGGAAGAUUACAUAGUCGCUGCCUUGUGCAUUUACAUCGAUGUCGUGCAGAUGUUCCUAUACAUUCUAAUGUUGCUAGGUCUACUUGAAGAAUAAGUUAUAGAAAUGUUUUUAAUAAGUAUUCUUAAAUGAAUAUAGUAUUUAGUAGUAAAAAAUAAAAUCAGAAGUGAGAAAUUGGUAUAGG